AUGGGAUGCUGUUAAUCAUAAAGCUAGUUUAGUGACAAAGACCAAUUAGUAAAUAAUCAAGACUAGAAGACCAAAGAAAAGACAGACAUUCAGCUACAACAGCAACAACAAACGAGACGAAGCACCAAUGAAAUCCAAUAAAAUAUAAAAGAAAUUCAAAAUGCAGAUAAAACCUCAAAAGAUUAGUCAACAUCAAAGUAAGUUGCUGAAUAAUCUGUUUCAAAAACACAUAACCAAAGCAACUUACCGAAUUCAUAGAAUGGUGGAAUGGUGACCAAUAGUUUAGCAAGAGAAAACGAAAAGAGUCCUUCUAAUAAUAACGAAACUUAACCUGAUGCUGGUAAAUAAGAAGAUAAAAUUAACACUUAAAUGAGUUAAGAUAUACACGAUGAAAAUUAAAUAGAUGGUAGUGAAGAUGAUGAAGAUGAAGAUGAAUAGGUAGUCAAUAUCAUUGAUUAAAUUAUAAAUUAAAGAAGAGAAAAUAUGGAGAGUUGA